AUGGCGUCUCCCCAGCAGAUUGCGGAGCUGAGUCGCAAGAUUUUCCAGCGUCUACCGCAGCGCAACAUCCCGUCGGGCAACAAGGUUAUCAGCAAGCAGCUUAAGGGUGACAAGGUGGCCUCGUGGUUCAACAAGCCGCUGCAGCUACGUCUCGGCGGUGACGACCCCAACUUUGAGAUUCUGAACGAGGAGCGCUUAGGCAAGCUUGACCAGAUGAAGCGGCGGGGCAAGUCCAUCCCCAAGAAGGGAGCAGGCAAGCGCUCGAAGAAGUAG